AUGACUUCCCGAGCAGCUGAGGAAGUGAUGCAGCAGUACCUUGCGAAGUAUGGUGCAAGGCCAGGCAACCCCGACCAGCUCUGUGCAUUUGCGCGACACAGCGGCCACCAGCUAUCCUUCGCCGUCGCACGGCAGGCGCUCCGGGCGACGAGCCCCUCUGAAAAUUCUGAAAGAUCCGAGGUGGCAUCUUCGUCAUCCGGGUCGGCCGCGUCAUCGGCGCUGCCGAGCGACGGAAAUGGAUGGCUGCAACAGUACUCCCAACAUUAUGGCCACCCUCCCUCCUCAGCACAGCACCUUUGUGCAUUUGCAGCGCAUCGUGGUGGUAGUCUGACGUUUGCUGCAGCACGGAGGACCAUGGGAGACCCCCUCGGCAACACAAUUCCGGAGGCUUCCAUGUUCCCAUGGCUUCAGGACCUCUUUGCGAUCAAUCAACACUACCGCACACUGGCAACAAUGAUCUUCGCAAGGCUAGACAUUCAGCGGGACAUAGCCGUGGAUCAGCAGGUAGAAGUGGCGUCGGUCACCAGACUGACCUUGCAAGACAUUUCCAAGCUCAUGGCAAUAGCGAAGCCCGCCAAUGUAGAGGAGGGCUUUGAGUGCUCUAUUUGCUUGAGCUCCUUCAGUCCCAGUGCGGCGCCAAAGUGGGUGCAGCUUCCGUGUGCACAUGUUUUUCACCGCAGCUGCUAUCGGGAGCUAGUCCAUCACAGCUGCUUCAACUGGAUGUUGAACUGCCGCUGUCCCUUGUGCAGGCUUGACUUGAGGGAGGCGCUAAAUCAUGCGCAGGCCCGGAAUUCGCGAGGACUUUCUCAAAAUUAG